CUGCCGGCGAGAGAAGCGGGGGCGCCGGGGAACGCCAUUUUCACGCUCUGCCCAGUCAGUCAGCGGCUCACACAGCUGUCACUUCCGCAGGUCCUCCGUCUGGCUCACUGUCGCCGGUACCGAGUGGGUUUCAUGGAGCUGCUGCGGCAAUGGAGGCGGCGGUGAAGCGGCCUCUCCCGCGCGGCUCAGAUUAAAAAGGCUUGGUUCCGGUUCUGACACGCUGUUGCUAGGUGGCUAGAAUGUGUAGCUACAACAACACAACGAGAACCUGAUGCGGUGAAGUCCGGGUUCAGUCCUCAGAAAGACCCAACAAUCUCAGGCGGCGCGAAGACUCACUGAUUCACCGGCGACGGAAACGAGUAGUUGACCAAAACGACACACCACGAAAAUCCCGGGAUACUAGCAGGAACCUUACAGUCGAGCUUCAGCGGCAACGAAUGUCCCAGAGAACGGAUGCGUGAGGACAUGUCCACCAUGGUGAAGGAGGAGGAAGAUCCAGCGGAGAAGCUGUCCCAAGAUGAGAUCAUCUCCCAGACCAAGCAGGUGAUCCAGGGGCUGGAGGCCCUGAAGCAGGAGCACCAUUCCAUCCUAGACGGCCUGCUGGGCACUCUGCGCUGCCUAAAGCAGGACGAGGAGGGAGUCCUGGUCGAGGAGAAGUCACAUAUGAUCCGCAAGUCCCUGGAGAUGCUUGAGUUGGGACUUAGUGAAGCUCAGGUGAUGAUGGCGCUGUCAACCCACCUGAGUUCAGUGGAGUCCGAGAAGCAGAAGCUACGUGCUCAGGUACGCCGGCUGUGCCAGGAGAACCAGUGGCUGAGGGACGAGCUCGCCGGGACUCAGCAGAAACUGCAGAGGAGCGAGCAGAGUGUGGCCCAGCUGGAAGAGGAGAAGAAGCACCUGGAGUUCAUGAACCAGCUGAAGAAGUACGACGAGGACCUCUCGCCCUCAGAGGAAAAGGAUUCCGACUCUAGUAAGGAGACUCUGGACGAUCUCUUUCCAGAUGACCAGGAUGACCAGGCUCCAGGCAUCCAGCCAGCCCACGGCAGCGCGGCAGCGGCAGCUGCUCAGCAGGGAGGAUACGAGAUCCCAGCUCGUCUGCGAACCCUGCACAACCUGGUGAUCCAGUACGCCUCCCAGGGCAGGUACGAGGUGGCGGUGCCCCUCUGCAAACAAGCCCUGGAAGACCUGGAGAAGACCUCUGGACACGACCACCCAGAUGUAGCUACCAUGCUCAACAUCCUCGCGCUUGUUUACAGGGAUCAGAACAAAUACAAGGAGGCAGCUAACCUGCUGAAUGACGCUCUGGCCAUCAGGGAGAAGACUCUUGGAAAGGACCAUCCAGCUGUUGCUGCAACUCUUAAUAACCUGGCUGUGCUGUAUGGAAAGAGAGGAAAGUACAAGGAAGCAGAACCUCUGUGCAAGAGAGCGCUGGAGAUCAGAGAAAAGGUUUUGGGUAAGGACCACCCAGACGUGGCCAAGCAGCUGAACAACCUCGCCCUUCUGUGCCAGAACCAGGGCAAAUACGACGAGGUGGAGUAUUAUUACAUGAGAGCACUGGAGAUCUAUCAGACUCAGCUGGGGCCUGAUGACCCCAAUGUGGCCAAAACUAAGAACAACCUGGCAUCCUGUUACCUCAAGCAGAGCAAGUUUAAGCAAGCUGAGACUCUGUAUAAAGAAAUCCUGACCCGUGCUCACGAGAGGGAAUUUGGUUCCGUUGAUGAUGAGAACAAACCAAUCUGGAUGCACGCUGAGGAGCGGGAGGAGAAAAGCAAGGGGAAGCAGAAGGACAGUUCCCCGUUUGGUGAAUAUGGAGGCUGGUACAAAGCCUGCAAAGUCGACAGUCCCACAGUCACGACAACCUUGAAAAACUUGGGGGCGCUGUACAAGCGGCAGGGCAAGUUUGAGGCAGCGGAGACGCUGGAGGAAGCUGCUAUGCGCUCCAGAAAGCAGGGUCUAGAUAACAUCCACAAGCAGCGCGUGGCCGAGGUCCUGAGUGAACCCGAGGGCCGUGAAAAGCAGCGGAGCCGCGAGAGCCUGACCUCGGACACGGUGAAGUACGAGAGCGGGCCAGACGGUGGCGAGGAAGUGAGUAUGAGCGUGGAGUGGAAUGGGGACGGUUCCGGAUCCUUGAAGAGGAGCGGCUCUUUCAGUAAAAUCCGAGCUUCCCUGCGGCGCAGCAGCGAGAAGCUGGUCCGGAAGCUGAAGGGCGGCGGCUCGACGCGUGACGGCGAGACCAAAAACCUGGGCAUGAAGCGAGCCAGCUCUCUGGGGAUCCUUAACCUGCCGGACAAGCCCGCCAAUGACCAAGAAGGAAAUCAUCGUUUGAGGAGAAGUCGCGACCUGAGUUCCAGCCAGACAAACCUGCUGCACUGAAGGAGGCGCCCCGGAGCGACCUCUGACCCUCAGCGGGAUGUUGCUGUAAAUAGUUGUCUGUGAAAGCUCCAACUGCUGAAAAUUGGCUGUCGGUGCGCAGGUGAAGCCGUGGUUUGUUUCAGCGUCACACCUGUAGAGGCUGGAGUUUUUGCCACAUUUGUGACCUUCAGCUCCUUCAGAGCUGCAGACGUGUUUUUGGUAACUUUCUGCUAACUUUCUGCUGCGCCGACGACGGUCUGAACAACAUUCAUGAUGUUCCAGAAGAAUGAGAAUCGCCGUUUGGCCGUGUUUCAUCUGAGGAGACUGACUUUAAACCCCCAAUGGUAACGCGGCAAGGAGAAGGUGCAAUACCACGGACGACCACUAGGCGCCGGCUCUAUAACAACUGUCUGCUAAAAGCCCAUCAUUCACAGAAACCAAAGGCUGUAAAAAAUGCAGGUGAAUUACAAACAGCAGUGAGAAUACAUGUAGAUAAAAUAAUACAUACAUGAACUGAGAGAUGAUUGGAAGGAAACGGGGUGAAGCUCUUUGAAGCCACAUGGAGCAUACUUUUUUGAUCAAAUUUAGUGGAUCUAUCCAUUUAUUUCUCUACUUAAAUUUGAAUCCAGUAAUGAUAAAUAUCAGCUCUUCUGUUUUAUCUGCUCAAACUCUUCAGAUUCCAAUAAAGUUAUUUUGAAGUUCUCUCAGUUUGCUUUUCACUGCAGGAUUUUUAAUUGACUUGCAUUCUGGUGCCGCCCUCCUCCUCCUCUUCAUCCUCCCCCAUUCAUCCGUGUCCCAGUCUUGAAAAGUCUUAAGAACAGACGUCAUGUCUGAGCUUCUGUCCGUGAAGCUUCCAGCCUCAUCCACAUCUGACUUUCAGGUGGAUUCAAACUCACAACCUUCUAGUUGCAGGGCAGACACUCUACCACGUGGCCACUGAGCAGACAAAAUGUUCUCUGCGAAAUGCUGCUUCUUUGAAUUUCUGAUGCACUGUUGCUCAAGUCCAUGAAGUCUUCAUGAACGGACCGGCCAGCUCAGGUCCAGCACGAAGGGUUCUGCUGGACCGUUCAGGGUUCUGUUGGACCGGCCAGCUCAGGUCCAGCACGAAGGGUUCUGCUGGGUCUUUGGACGUCCCACAUGAGCUUUUUUUUGGGUUUCUGUGUCUUUUCUUUCCGUCCAAAGUCAUGAAGCUGUGAGGUCCAAAACUGUCUGGUUCUCUGACACUUAAAAGAGCAAAGCUUCCCUCUGAGGUUCUGUUGAAGUGUGCUGGUUCUGGAGCUCCAGCAGAAACCACAGUGCAGAGGAGCCCAAGUCUGUCUAUUUGUUUUCCAAGACUUUGUACUGAAGAUGUCCAAACUUUCCACUCGUGAUGAAACAACAAUAAAGGGUGAAGAACAGAGAGAAGAAA